AAUCUUAUUAAUCUGUGCUACCAAUGAUAUGUCAUCCGCACCGCAAUAUUGAUAAUUUUGUUAUUUAUUUUUAUUUUACUGGAUUACAACACAAUUUUAGCCGUUUUUGUGAAAAUUAAAAUAGUGCAAUUGUUGUUAAUGUUGUGUAAUAUAAGCUUUGCAUUGUUUAAUGUUUUGAAAAAAUUGCUGUUCAUUGGAGAUUUGGAGAACAGACAGACGGCCACGCAUUAUGUCUCUACAGUGGAAUUUCAUAGCCGGCUACCUCUAUUUCGAAAUGGGGCUUAUAAUAUUAAUGGUAUUGCCUAUCUUCAGCCCUAGAACCUGGUUCAGGUUGUACCGAUCUCGAUUUAUCGAGGCGUUUCACUCAAAAGCCGCCAUAUACUUCUAUGGCUGGUCGGGAAUUUUGUGCUUGUUUCUAUUUGAUUCAAUACGGGAGAUGAGGAAGUAUUCACAUUCUACGGACGCGGGUCACGUACAUCUCUCUAGUGAGAUGAAAGGGAAUGUCAAGCUGUUCAGAGCUCAGCGCAAUUUCUACAUCACUGGCUUCGCCAUUUUUCUAGUAUUCGUAAUAAGAAAAAUGGCACAGCUGAUUAUUGUUCAAUACGAUUUGGAGAUGAAAAUGAGAGAUUUAGCAGGAAACAUGGAACAGGCAAUGGCUACCGCUGAAUUAACUAUAACGAAUAUAAGCAUUGAAUCAAAGAAGGCUUUAGCAGUUGCGAAAACAGCGGAAAACCAACUUGAUUUGACGGUAGACGCACUGAAGGCACAGAAAUGUCGGACAAAAGAACUUGAAGCAGAAGUAACAAUGUGGAGACAAAAAUAUGAACAAGUUACAAAUGGAAAUGAUAAAGAAGGCCAAGGUGAUAACUAAAAUGCUAUAUUAUUCUACUUGUAUUUGUACAUUUCUGUAUUUCUAUUCAAUUAUAUUAUUAUCUUUUCCAUUUUCAUGGGAAAAUUAUAUUUCUCUACAGAGGAUUAAAAAAAGUGUGAUAUGAGUUGUCAGCUGAUAAAAAUAAGAAAUAGAUCAAAAAGCCACCCUAUACAUGGGAUAAGAGAUAGAACAAAAAUACAUAUAUUUGAAUAAACAUAGCAGUCUGCAGUCUCAUAUGAUUAUAGUAUCAGGCAGUUCAUCAUCAUCAUUUUCAUGAUGAUGAUGAACUGCCUGACUGCUCAUCAUUUACGGGCUACAUAACUUCAGUUUUAACUGAACAGCUCAGUUAAAACUGAAGUGCAGUUUAAUGGGCUAUCUGACUUAAUUGAAAUAACAUUAGUUAAAACUACAUUAGUUUAUCAAAUCUUGUCAAAUUGUCUUAUAUAUUUUUCUGUCUGUCUCUUUGUUUUUCUGUUUUAUUUCAUUAAAAAAAGAGCUAUAUUUUUAAUUUAGCAGUUAUUCAUUGACAAUAUCUCUCUUUCUAGUCACUACAUAUGUUAAAAGAAUUAUAUAUUUAUAUCAAAACUUUUUUUGUAUUUAAAUUAACUUCCUCUAUAUUUAGAGAUUACAUAUUACGAUAAAUAAGGAGAAAUGCAUAUUGAAUGUUAUGAAAAGCAUGGCAAAUGAAAAUUAACCAUGUGACAUGAAGUUUACUUUAAACAUUUAAGUACAAUGGUGACACAAAUAUACUUACCAGAGUUUGUUUGAAAGUUAUAUAUUGACUUUAAUAAACAUUUUCAAAAAGAUGAAGUUAUAAACUGAAUUGUUGCUUGGUUUACCUAGUUUUUAGUUUCCUUGUUGAGAUUUAAUUAGAAAUUGCUCUACCAGUCUAGUAACUGUUAAUGUUAAAUAAUUAAAUCACUGAUCCUUGAUAACAUCAUUAUUAAUUAUUAUAUGUGUGUAAGUAUAGUCAAUACUCUAAUGUUGUAUAUUAUCUUGAAGAUUCUUUUAAUAAAAAGUUUUAAAAUGUUAGAAUAUUAAAAAUGUGGUCCAAUGAAUUGUUGUUGUGGAUUAUUAUUAUUAACUGUGAAGCUCAAAUUUAACUAUCUUAUGCUCAAUCUUGCGUGUUAUCAUUAAGAUAAUAUUUAUUCUUAUAUUCUAAUAAAAGUGUUUUAAUGUACAUCACAGAGUAAUAAAAAACUAUAUAACUAAAAUUUUAAAACUAUAUAUUAUACCUAAAUCUAUAUUAUUUUGACUGGCAUAUCCAAUAGGUACAAUCACACUGCUUGUGUGUGUGUAGUACAUGUUAAUCAGUUGUUCUUCAUAGAAACAACACAUACACGCAACUCCCUAUCUGUUUGUCUAUGUGCCAAGAUGAAUAAUCUGAACAUACUUACCUUAUCUUAUUAUUUACCUUAUUGACACAACUAAUAGUUAUUUAUUAUUAUUAUAGAAAGUAUAUUUAUUGAUAUUUAAAAACAUAAUGUAUUUGAUUUUGUCAAAGUUAACAAUUUAAAUUUUAUUAAAGACUUACUAACUUUACCAUAUUUACCAUAUAAUAUUGUGUGUAUAGAAUCUCUAAUAAGGUUAAAAUUUUAUUCUGAAUAUGGCAAAGACAUAAAAUAAAUGCAAUUAUUAUUGUAGAAUUUACCCCUACUGCUUGUAGAAUCCUGUCGCAGACUUUUAAAGCAGCUAAAGUAAAAAAAUAUUUGGUGUUAAAAUAACUUUAUAAGAACACAUGUGGUACUCAUAAGGUUUUAAGGUGUUUACCGUUUUUUUAAUUGUUAUUUUUUGUUUCAGUAUGUUUUGAAUGUAUGAUUUUGUAUACAUAUUUUUGGUUUAACUAAUGUAAAUUGCGAACUGACUGAUUUAAUAUUAUAAUUGUUUGGUGCUAUAAUUUUUAUUAAAACUUACUAAAAUAUAGAUUAAUAAUUAC